UUCACUUUGCCUUGUGUGACAGUUUUAUUACUUUGUUGAAUGGACUUCUGCAUAAGAUAUGUGUUGUGACAUUUUUUCUUUCAUAAUUAUUUCCAUUUACAUCUAAUUUCAAUGCUUUUGUGUUGAAACAUGUUCAAGAUUUGUCAAAAGAUAUUGAAAACAACGAAUGCAUCGUUUAACUUGAAUUUCCUCCAAGUACGACCACAAAGAUUACAUUCAAAAGGGUUUACAGUAACCAUAUGGAGAUCAUACAGCACCAAAAGUAGAAAAACCGAGAAUAUAUCUUUGAUUGAUUUUCCACCUGAGAGAAUAAGAAAUUUCUGCAUCAUUGCUCAUAUUGAUCAUGGAAAAAGUACCUUGGCAGAUAGGAUGCUUGAAAUCACAGGUGUAAUACCUGAGAACCAGAAGAAUGAACAGGUGUUGGACAAACUCCAGGUGGAGCGGGAGCGGGGGAUCACAGUGAAGGCUCAGUCAGCCAGUCUCUUCUAUGAUGUGGAGGGCAUUACCUACCUCCUUAAUCUGGUGGACACCCCAGGUCAUGUAGAUUUCAGCUACGAGGUUUCCAGAUCUCUUUCAGCAUGUCAAGGAGUUAUUCUCUUAGUAGAUGCUAAUCAGGGAGUGCAAGCUCAAACAGUCGCCAACAUGUACCUUGCAAUAGAAGCAGGAUUAGAACUCAUUCCAGUAUUAAACAAAAUUGACUUAAAGGGAGCUAACCCAGAGGUGGUUUCCAAACAAAUUCAAAAUCUCUAUCCUGUCACUGAUGAUGAAAUACUUAAGAUUUCAGCAAAAUUGGGAAUUGGUGUUGCGGAAGUUUUAGAAGCUGUAGUCAAGAGAAUUCCACCCCCACCAGCUGAUCAGAAGAAGCCCUUUAAAGCUUUAGUGUAUGACUCCUGGUUUGAUAAGUUUAAAGGAAUUAUAUGUAAUGUCGCAGUCAAGGAUGGAGCUGUUAUGAAAGGUGAUAAGGUAACAUUCCAUCAUGCUAAGAAGAGCUUUGACAUACAAGAAGUUGGGAUUCUCCAUCCAGAGCAAACUCCUACAAAUAUACUGUUAGCAGGACAGGCUGGUUAUGUGAUUGCAAAUGUAAAAAGUAGCACAGGAACUCUUGUUGGAGACACAAUGUAUCAUAAAUCCACUCCUGUUGAUCCACUCCCAGGUUUCAGGCCUGCCAAACCUAUGGUAUUUGCAGGAAUUUACCCAAUAGAUCAAUCACAAUACACAAAGUUACGAGAAUCCAUCACCAAGCUUACAUUUAAUGAUUCCAGUGUUAGUGUAGCCCAGGACUCCAGCGCUGCCCUUGGUGUGGGAUGGCGUCUGGGAUUUUUAGGUCUCCUUCAUAUGGAUGUGUUCAAAAUGAGGCUAGAACAAGAGUUUGAUGCUAGUGUUAUAAUAACAGCUCCAAAUAUACCUUACAAAGUUCGUAUAAUAGGUGCUAAAAAUAUAAAGCAAUAUAAAGGUGAAGAAGUGAUGGUCCUCAAUCCAUGCAAGGUAUUGUAUAUUGGAGAAUUUUAUUACUUCAGUUUACAUAAAUAAAUUGGAUUUAUAGUUUAUCCUGAUCUUUAUUUUGGAGAAGUCCAGGCCUUGAUAUCGGACAGGAGAGGGCGUACAGAAGACCAGACAUAUUUAGACAACUCUAGAGUCAUGCUCAAAGUUAUAUUCCCUCUCAAUGAGAUUCUCGUUAACUUCUUUGAUGAAUUAAAGUCUGUAACAAAAGGAUAUGCUAGUUUUGAUUAUGAGGACUAUGGAUAUGAAGAAACUAAUUUGAGCAAGGUCAGUUUUACUAUAAACAAUGUUGAUGUAGAAGAGAUGACUCUUCUGUGCCAUUCCUCAAAUGCUCAAACAAUGUGUCGGAAAAUAUGUGCUCGUCUACAGGAAGCAGUUCCACGGCAACAAUAUAAAGUUCAGAUCAAAGGUCAAGUGAACAAUAAGCAUAUCUGUACAGAAGUCGUUAACCCAUAUAGAAAGGAUGUUACUGCCAAACUGUAUGGCGGUGAUGUGACGAGGAGGAAUAAACUGCUAGCUAAACAGGCCGAGGGCAAGAAGAAGUUGAGGAGUCUGGGAAAUAUACAAGUACCCAAAGAUGUAUUUAUUAAGGUUCUAACACAAAAAUAAAUUAUUUUUAAA